AACCUAAUCAAAAUAUAACAAAUCAAAUCAACCUCUUUAUUUCACCAAAUCUCUUCAACUUCUUACUCUUACGCGACCAUGACCACAAUCACAUGUUUAUCAUCGGUACCCAACGUGAGCUCAACGCAAGUGUAACUACAAUCACAUCAAUAAUAUUUAACCCCAACACCUAAACGUGAACUCAACGCAACCACAAUUAAAACAUAUAUUCAAAAUAUAACAAAUCAAAUCAGUCUCUUUAUUUCACCAAAUCUCUUCAACUUCCUUCUCUUUCUUUUCAUCUUUGAUGAAAAGAUUAGAGAACGAAACACUUAUUUGCUCUUUAUCUCUUAAUUUGGAUUUCUAGAUUAUUUUCCUUUUAUGAAUUGAUUGAGUAUUACUUUUAUUUCUGUGAAAAUUAAUAUGUCUCAGUCCCGAACGUGCUCACAGUGCGGCAACAAUGGCCACAACUCUCGAACUUGCAACAACAAAGAGAAAAUAAUCAAGAUUUUUGGCGUUCCAGUCAUCAGAGCAAACAACGAUAACAACUCUUUUAGGAGAAGCGCCAGUCUGAACAACCUGACCCAAUACGAACAAUUGCCACCUCAACAAUCCAACGUCGUUGAUGUCGGUUACAUCUCUGACAAUGUAGUCCAUGCAUCUGGCCGUGCCCCCGAACGCAAACGAGCUGUUGCUUGGACGGAGGAAGAACAUAAGUUAUUUCUGUUGGGAUUACAAAAGCUUGGUAAAGGUGAUUGGCGAGGAAUAUCAAGAAAUUUUGUCAAAACUCGCACACCAACUCAGAUAGCAAGUCAUGCUCAGAAGUAUUUCCUCCGCCGUCAUAACCAAAACCGCCGCCGUCGAAGAUCUAGCCUAUUUGACAUUACCACUGAUACGGUGAUGAAAUCUUUGACUAUAACGGAAGGAGAACAUUCUGAGCAAGAAACGGUAAUGUCACCGCCGCCACCUACCCCCAACGCAUAUACGCCGUCGCAUUACGGCGGCAUUCCAAGGAUAACCCCAACGUUGCCUCCUUCUUCAAAGAUGUCUACUUUGAAUUUGAAUGAAAAAGCUUCUUCUUCCAUUGAGCCUCAACCAUUGUCAUUGAAGCUUCAACCUUCGUCGCUUUCUAAGGAUAAUUCACCGGAAAAUAGUGGCCAUUCGAUAUCGUCGUCUUCUUCUUCGGCUUAAUUUUUAGACUAUGCUUGCAUGGGAGUACAACAAUGGAGAUGGUGAUAGUAUUUUCAGUGUUGUCUUCAAAUAUAGAGUGAUUAAGUUUAUUCUUAGUUACUUAAUUAAGUAGGGAGGAUAAUUUAUUUAAGAGGGAGGGGGUACAAUGGUACAUGCAUGAACUAUGAGUAUGAUUAUGAUAAUUAUGAUUAAGAAUAAAAAAGAUAGUGUUAGAUUAUGUAGGUGAUUAGUCGUAUUAAUUAAUGGUUUUGGUGGACAUGUUUUGAUGAGGAGAUAUUAUAUGGAGAAAGAGAAAAUUGAUUGGCAUAUUCUAUUUUUUUUUUAA